GUCGAGGCAGUAGCUUCGCUAGGAAGUUUGACGAGUGUGAUUUAGAACGCCAGCAUCUGGAGUGCUGAUAAGCCCAUACCCAUACGGCCGUCUACUGUUGCAGCAACAGUACUGCGAGUGCGAGUACGAGUGAAUGCGGCUUGACAGAUUUCCGCAUUUCAUUGCUGCUGGAGGUUUUUUUCCGUACGAGCCACAACCGUACCAUGCCGGCUUCCAAGAAUCUGUUGAAUGGUCGAGCGGUGCUGAAGGUGGUGGUGCUGCUGCUGUUGGUGAUGAUGGUGCUGUGCAGUACAGGUGUACGAGGCCAGCAGCAGCAGCAGGAAGAUGAGCAAUCGAUCUGUCCGAUGAUUAUUAAACGGGCCCAGUGGGGUGCGGAGCGGUCCACGAACGUCACAUAUCAGCUGAAGCCCGUCACGAAGGUCAUCAUUCACCAUACGACGGGCGACCGGUGCAUGAACGUGGCCAGCUGCAAGGAGAUGGUGCUCGGUGUGCAAUCCUAUCACCAGAAGCAGAACGGCUGGAGCGACAUUGGUUACAACUUCCUGAUUGGACCGGCACACGUGUACGAGGGCAUCGGUUGGCACCGGGUGGGGGCGCAUCUGCGUGGCCACAACAGCAACUCGAUCGGCGUCGCGUUCCUCGGCAACUUCGAUCUGCUGCGACCGACCCCCCGCAGCCUGGAGGCCCUCGAUCGGCUCCUCGAGUGUGGCGUAGCGCUCGGUGAGCUCACCCCCAACUUUCGGUUACACGGUGCCUCCCAGCUACAGAGCACCAACAGCCCUGGCAAGCUGCUGUACGCCAAGGUAAAGGAGCACAGCCACUGGACCCGUCCGGCCGACUAAUGCGCCAAAUUGUGCGCCCUGGAUUUUUUUCGCGUUGGAAAACGUUCCCGCGCCGUUCUCGGACACACUGUUGCUACAAUAAACCAUUAACAUGUGCCCACACACAUACA